GUAAACGCAAGGUAACGCAAUACAUCGCAAAGGUCGAAAGAACGAGUAACCCAAAACUCGGGAUUCACUGCAAAAUUGAGCUUAAACAUGAGCUCACCUUCCAAUUCCACGCUGAGAGAACGAGUGAGGAAACCUUCUGUCAAAGAAAAAUGCUCUGAAGCAAAAGUAAAAGUGUUUGAUUAUGGAAAACGGGUUCACCAGCCAGAAGAAUCGCUUUUUACAUCUACAAGUGGAUUUGAUAACUACAGGGGGAUUUUGAAUCUCUGUCUUGUCCUAUUGGUUUUGUCUAAUUUCCGUGUUGCCCUUGACAACAUUCUAAAAUAUGGGCUACUUAUUGAUCCUGUUGAGGUUGCCACAAUCUUUCUUCAAGACCCUUACAGCUGGCCAUCAGCAAGUCUGUUUGUCUGCUCUAAUAUUUUUAUACAGUUUGCUUUCUUUGUGGAAAACUUGUUAGCCAAGAGAAAUAUCUCCGAGGAGAUUGGUAAAGGAUUACACAUAUUCAACCUUAUGAUGAUCCUGGUCGUUCCUAUAAUUGUCAUUCUCUCAUACAAGCCACCACCCUGGGCGGCAGGAAUUGUUUGUGGAGCAUAUAGCAUGCUUUGGCUCAAACUGAUCAGUUACAUCAGUGUCAACUUGUGGCACAGAAAUAAACUCAUCAAAACAUCAGAAAAAGAAAAUGUUUCCAAUGGAAAGAACAAGGAGCCUAUGGUAGAAUAUCCUGAUUACCUGACACAACAAGAUUUGUACUACUUCCUACUAUGUCCAACUCUCUGUUAUGAGCUCAACUUUCCACGGUUGCCAGCAAUCAGAAAGAGGUUCCUCAUCAGAAGAAUUGUAGAAUUUUUUUUCCUCCUGGGUCUCAUGAUUGGUGUUGCGCAACAGUGGAUUGUCCCUACUAUCAAGAAUUCAAUUAAACCACUACAGAGAAUGGAAUAUGCAAGAGCUGCAGAAAGGGUUAUGAAGCUAGCUAUCCCAAAUCAUUUUUUGUGGCUUCUGUUCUUCUACUGCUAUUUCCACUCGUUUCUUAACAUCACGGGCGAGCUGCUAAGAUUUGCUGAUCGCUGCUUUUACAAAGAUUGGUGGAAUUCCAAUACAGUACAGUAUUUCUGGCAGAAUUGGAAUAUUCCCGCACAUCGAUGGGCGGUCAGGCAUUUAUACAAACCAAUGAUAAGGAGAGGAUACUCAAACUUCCAGGCACAGAUUGCUGUCUUCAUGCUGUCUGCAUUCUUCCAUGAGUAUCUGGUCAGCGUGCCCUUGAGGAUGAUCAAGCUCUGGUCCUUCUCAGCCAUGAUUGGCCAGCUGCCCAUGGCGUUCUUCAUCAAGAGAUAUAUCCAUAACCCCAACUAUGGCAACGUUGUGGUGUGGUGCUCCAUCAUACUGGGGCAGCCUUUGGCUAUUAUGAUGUACUUUCACGACUACUAUCUUUCGACACUCGAGACGAACGCGCAGUAGACUUGCAGAGAUACACAUUUUCUUAUCCAACGGACGGUCGCAGUUAGAGAAUACAUCUGCUUCACAUAACAACUCGUGGUCGACAUUGCGAAGAAAACAACUUUAAGAAAAGAAUCUACCCGCAAAAGGAGACAACACGCUUUGGAAACGCGACUACUGAGACUUUCUAACAGUUCUUUGCGAGUGACAACGAAAUCAAAGACGGAUUUAGAGAAGAAAAGGAGUGGCUUUUGGCGAUUAAUCAUGGCUUCUAAGCCACUUCACAGAGUAGUGCACAGAACGGAAUCUGGCAGUUCUACUUGUAGUACUAAGAGCAACGAUUCCUACUCUUUGACCGAUUGGGAUCCGGAGAUUUACCAGAAUACAUUCAGCCCUGAAGACUACGAAAACUUGGUGACGGCACAGAAUGCUUUUCCGGAGUAUUUUACGACAGAAAGCUCACAUAAUUCAAAAGAAUCCCAAACAGACAUUAGAAGGCUUAUGCAGCAGGGGCAGGAAAAAGAACUUAAAAGAUGCACAAGCAAAAGCAAGAAGAUCGCUGAGUGGUUUAUGCACGAGUAUGGAAUACUUAAGUGAGGAUAAGAACGCUCAGAGAAGUUCUAAUAAUGUAAAGAAUCUCAGGUAAAAGUAGACUUGUGCAAUUUCACGCGUAUGUCACAGCUAAAUUAAAAAUUCGUUUUCUAAAACACGGUGGUCAAGACUGAUGUGAAUUAUUUAGCACUUUGGUUUGAACAUAACAAUACGGCUGUUGUGAUACUCAUGGAGCAAAUACUAGGUUGCUAGCCAUUGGAAUGGAUGAAAAUAUCUCAGUUUUACCUUCGCACUUUAAUACCUUAGAGUAGCCUAGAGUCACAAAGGAUGGGCUGACGUUUAUUUUAAAAGCGUGUGACUUGUUAUUAGUUUUUGAAAGAUUGCAAAUUCUAAUUAUUGUGUAUAUUAGUGUAUAUAAAUAAAUGUUUCCCAGUCCUAGGCACUGAGCUAUUCAA